CUUUGUCUGGUAUUAGUUAUAGAUCAAGUUGCCUAAAUAAAACGUUCGCUAAGAUUUAUUAUACGGUACGUAAUCAAAAAAGUGGGUCAAAACGCGCAAUCUUAUCUGUUCGUUCUGAACCUUCGUUAACUACGUGUAAGGCAUGAUAAUUAGUACUUGAGAAGUAAUCUUAAUAAAAAAGAACGUUAAAAAGUUUCUUUUGAGCAGAAUUGCUGUACAACUACAGACAUUUUCAGGUAAAAUAAAAUGUUUGAUUAGCUGAUAAUAGUUCGUCGGGUAUUUUGUUUUUUUCCCAGGCCCGAUAACAUGGUGAAAAUGGAAUUCAAGAGGUUCUUAUACUCAUAUGUUUAACGGACUAUACAGAGAAUAAGUAUGCAACGACGGACGAGCAGAGAGACACUCUAGUUGCUGCCCUUUUGUUGAACACAUUAAACACGUUUUUUCAAAAGCGGAAUUUUUUUAAAAUUCGCGCCAACAGACAAGUGUCAAACAAAGAGACGGACAGUUUGAGUCAAUAGCUUUCUAUCACAUUUUCUGAUAUAGUAAGAAGUGCCGAGAUUUCCGAGCAGUCCUUACCAAAUGUGAAGUGGUUUCGUCGUCAUUCAUCAGCCAAAAAUGACGUCAUUCUUUACUAAAAGAAUCACUAAAUUUGGAGUUCUCGCUGUGUUACUGAUUCUAUUAGGUGUCUUGGUGUUGGCCACUCAUAAAAAUGUUGGCAAAGUUAUUCGCCGGCAAAAUGAAACCAAAACAAUUUUAAUUUGGAACGGAUCUAGCCGAAAGGAAGUCCGCAAUUUCGGCUGGGGUAAGGACGUCUUUGUCAAUAAGAAAUGCCCUGAAACUAGAUGUGAAAUGGUCGACAAUCGGAAAGAACGUCCUCUCCAUCAUUACGACGCCAUUGUCAUUGUACUUAAUGACGAAUUCAAAUCACCGGAUCAAAUGAUGAUGCCAGAUUUUGAAAACAAACGCGAUGAAAAUCAGCACCUCGUCAUGUUCACUCAAGAGUCUCCCCCAGCCUUGAAACGGUAUUACAACAUGACUCAAUUAGCUCAUUUUUUCAAUUGGACAAUGACGUACAGAAUGGACUCUGAUAUUCGAUUACUAUACGGUCGGAUUAUUCCAAAAGAAAACGCUCCUCGGACACCGGAAGAGAUAAGUCAUUUAAGAGAAAGAGCUCGUGUUAGUUCACCGCCAGACGCAGUUAGUAACAAGACCAAAACAGUUGCCUGGAUGGUUUCUCAUUGUGAUACACACAGCCAACGAGAAAAGUACGUCAAAGAGCUGAGCAAAUACAUCGACGUCAAUAUUUACGGCAGAUGUGGUAAUCUGUCGUGUGCGCUUCACGUACUGCAUCACUCGGACCCGCAGUGUUACGACAUGAUCGAGUCAACCUACAAAUUCUACUUGUCUUUUGAAAAUGCAAUUUGUCCAGACUACGUCACUGAAAAGUUUUUCAAAAUUAUGGGCCACCACAUCGUUCCGAUCGUCUACGGCGGAGCCGAUUACACCCAACACGUACCGCCCCACUCGUACAUCGACGCCCGCAAGUUCAAACCCAAAGAAUUGGCCGCUUAUCUCAAAUUACUCGGUGCAAACGACACGCUCUACAACGAGUAUUUCUGGUGGAAGGAUUAUUACCAAGUGGAAUACAGCGUAGAAGACAUGACUCGUCACGGCUUUUGUGACUUGUGUCGAAAACUGCACCAGCUGGAUGGAAAUUUUCGGUCGUAUAAGGAACUGGAGUCGGAAUGGGGCGAUGGCAACAAGUGUCAACAGUUGGACUCCAGUUGGUUAUGAUGAAUUAUUUCAAACAAAAAAUAUUACCCAAACAGCAGACAAAAAAAUUCUGAAUGUUAAAAAAAAGAUGCUGUUCUUUUACCUUAAUUUUUCUUUUCUUUAAUUUGACCUUCCAAUGUGUAUGUGCCCAUAUAAAAGUAAAUCAUAUUUCUACAAGGCAAACAAAACGAGAUUUUCUUCUUUGCAUGAAUAGCUUGACAGAUUUAAAUUGAUUCAAGGGACGAAUGAAAAAAAGAAAAAAAAAAGGUAACCUGUCCUGCAUGACGACCUCAUUCACAUCAAAGGAACUUUUGCGCGGAUUUUUCAACAUUCGAAAUUGAAUUGCAUAUUCAUCGCACGUCCCUCCAUGUCUCUCUAUGGUUAAGUUAUCCUAUCUCACUUCAAUCUCUUUAUCUUUCGCAACUGGAUCCCGAACAACACACCGGUUAGAUUCCUGGUUGCAAUAAGUUGCUGCGAAAAAUGUUCAGGCUACUCAGUCGGCCACAGACUGGAUAACGUUCACACCGUCUUCCACCGCCAUGAAAUUUCAUUUAACAAUUUUCGCGAUUGCCUUCAACAUGGCCAACUCGGCUCCCUACGGACUCAUCCGUAGGCUAGGAGCUGGCUUCGAUUCUAUCGUGGUGUACGCUGUGCCAACAUCACCCGGUGUUAGUGAUCAGAGUUAUUCCUCUUCCAGUAUUGGCCAGAACUAUUACUCUCCUAGUAGCGUCCCGAGCUAUCCCUCUUCCAGUAGUGACCCAAUUUAUUCAUCGGAACCCAGUAGUGGCCAGUGCUGUUCCACUUCCAGUAAUGGUCCAAGCUAUUCUUCUCCCACUAGUGGGUCGGGUUAUUCUUUUCCCAGUAGUGACCCGGGUUAUUAUUCUUUUCCCAGUAGUGGCCCAAGCUAUUCCUCUCCCAGUAGUGGGUUGGGCUAUUCUUCUCCCAGUAGUGACCCGGGUUAUUCCUCCCCCAGUAGCGACCCGUUUGAUAUCCAUGACAAUACAGCGACCUUUUGUCCGAACAAAAUUCAUUCGACUUCUCAGCGGCAUCAUCGGCAGAGAGAGCGAAUAACAUACCAGCCGGUAGUUCGUGAAACAUUCAGAAGUCGAAACAGCUAUCCUGAUUCAUCCUACGGGAACGAGAAAACCCCGGCGUAUCGAACACCCAGUUAUUCAGUUCGUGAUUCCUUCGAAUCAUCUCAUCGACAGAAAAACUAUGGACGAGACAAUUCCCGAGCUAGUCAGGACCCAAUGUACGGGCAAACCGGUUCGUCGUACGAGGCCUUCACGAUCCAUCAAAAAUCUCCCACGUCCCGGACAGUAAUAGGCUACCGUCUACUACCAUCGAGUUCAAUGCGGCGAGGAUAAAAGCUGAAAAAUGGAUCAUGAUGUACGGGAAAAGAAAACAAACAGGACCAUGGCGGAUAAUUCGGAUAUUAAUCGUUCUGUUAUAAGUUAUGUCAAAAUGUAAACUAACACAACUCACAAAUCGUACAAAAUGUUUUCAAAUAUCGAUAGUUCUCUGUUGUUCUCUCCCCCCAAUCCCUUACAAAACUGGUUGCUGAUUAUUACAAGAAAGCAGGUAAACAUUUCAAAA